AUGUGUCACGGCCAUCCUCGACACCACCCCUGCGCCCAUACAUCCAUCAACUGGCACUACUGCCCGUCGGCGCUCAUCGAUCUCGAGACAGGCUAUGAGACGCCGUGCAGCAAGAUGUCGUUCGCGGCAGCCCAGCCCACAAAGUCGGACUGUCCUCUCCAGAACUGCCAGUUCAAGAGCAAAGGUGGCAGUUGGACAUGCUGCGCAUGCCAGCAGGGUCCCAACACUCAGGGCUGGUGCACCAAGCCCCUGAGCAGGUUGACGAUGAAUCCCGAGUCCUUUUCUCUCGAGACUGUAGAGACCACGUGCGACCACGGGUGCUGCAGCGAGUGCGUGCGAUACGAAAUGGCCUUUUCAGAGAUUCGAAAGGGGUCUGCGUCACGCAAGUUUGGGUACGGCAGCGCCACCAAAUCCCAUCGUCGAGGAUCUGCCUUUUCGCUGCCCGUAUCGGAGGAGGACUCUACUCCGUCGCCAUCUUCGUCAAAGUCUAGCUCUGGCAGCUCGAGAUACAAGCUUGAUUUGGAGUACACGUCGAGCAAGGUCAAGUCGAGCAAAAAGAGGCACAGAAGCAAGCGGUAG